AUGGGGGAGGCGCCCAGCCCCGCGCCCGCGCUCUGGGACUGGGACUACCUGGACCGCUGCUUCGCCCGCCACCGCGUCUGCAUCUCCUUCGGCCUGUGGAUCUGCGCCUCCUCCUGCUGGAUCGCCGCCCACGCGCUAGAUCCUGCAGCCCCACUACCCAGUGACUGGAAUACAAAUAAAAAGACGCCUAGAACAUUUACUAUGGGCCCAGCGUUGCAUUCAUUAACUCAUUCAAUGCCUGCCACUCACAAUAUCAGCACCAGGAGGCUUCUCUAUCUGAGAUGUGCACAGAAAUCCAGACAGGACCAGUCAGUGCUGUGUGCUGCGUGCUGCCUCCUGACCAGUCUGUGUGACACCGUCGGGGCUGUUCUGGCCAGACAGCUCACAAUCCAGGUUUUCACUGGUGCCUACCUAGCAGCUAUUGACUUAGUGAACUUUAUGUUCAUUCUCUUCCCAGUCUGUGGAUCCAAAUUCAAGUCUAAUUCAGGUCGGGAAGCCCGAGAGAGGAGGAGGCGGCACCUCAGGGCCAGUGUGUUUGCCCUGGCCCUGCCGCUGAUCCUGGGCCCAUGCUGGGCGCUCUGGGUUGCUGUCCCAAAGGCUUCAGCCACCAUCCGGGGGCCGCAGCGGAGGUUGCUGGCCAGCCUGCUGCAGGGAAAUACUGAGAUCUUCGGCUACCUGCUGGGUAGCAUCGCCGCCUUUGGCUCCUGGGCUUCUCGGAUCCCCCCUCUCUCCAGAACUUGCCGGGGGAAGACAUUUCCCUCCAUCCACCUGUGGACCCGGCUCCUGUGGGCCCUGGCUGGCCUCCUUUAUGCCUCGGCCAUUGUGGCCCACGACCGGCAGCCUGAGUACCUGCUGCGGGCCACACCCUGGUUCCUGACCUCCCUCGGCCGUGCAGCUCUGGACCUCGCUAUUAUUUUCCUUUCGUGUGUGAUGAAGAGCAAGAUGAGACAGGCCUUAGGAUUUGCCACUGAAGCCAGAGAGAGCCCUGACACCCAAGCCCUUUUGACCUGUGCAGAGAAAGAGGAAGAAAACCAGCAGGCGAGGAACGAGGACAAGGGUCUCACUCUGUCCCCGAGGCUGGAAUGCAGUGCCUCGAUCACAGCUGCACUCCAGAUCGCUGUUCCGCUGGGGAUCUUAAAAAGCAGAAUAGGCCAGAAUUCAGAUUGGGUGCCUCUCACCACACUGUCACACUGCAAGUCACUGAGGACAAUGACAGCAAUCAGUCACUACAUGGAGCUGACCAUCGAGCCUGUGCAGCAGGCAGGCUGCAGUGCCACCAGGCUGCCAGGUGACGGACAGACGAGCGCUGGAGAUGUGUCCCUGCAGGAACCCCCGUCGUACCCUCCCGUUCAGGUCAUCCGGGCCCGAGUGUCUUCCGGCAGCUCCUCUGAGGUCUCCUCCGUCAACUCCGACCUGGAGCAGAAGUAUUGGGAGGCCCUAAACUCGGAGCAGUGGGACCCUGAAGAUGUGAAUCUUGAAGGGAGCAAAGAAAAUGUGGAGCUACUGGGAUCCCAGGUGCACCGGGACCCUGUGAGGACAGCACACCUGAGUGAUGAUGAUUAACACCUUCUGGAGCCAGCUCAUCAGCUCAGAGCCCAGCGUCACGAGUUUGUUCAGUAACACAGCAGCAAUCAAUCUGCACUGACACUGUGGCAGGAACUGAAGCCGCCCUGGAAAGUGAGGAACCAGGAGCCAUCACUGAGUGUGGCUGGUCUACAUCAUAGCUCAUCAUGGAGCCACGACUUUGGGUACUGCGGACAGACCUGGACAGGCCCAGCAUUUGUUCUGAAGAUUACAAGUUCACAGAUUGCUUUGUAAAGAUAAUCCAAAGGAUCUUGGACCCACUUUUCCUUUUUCCCUUUAUUUCCUUGAGAGUCAGCCAUAAAAUGAAUACCUGCUAGGUUCCAGGAAUGAGUUCACCUAACAAAUAGCAAAUGUGUCUGGUUAGAUCUCAGCAGAGCCCAUUCUGCAAGACCUGGCUGAGCCAGAUGAGAGGGUGGGCCCUGUGCUGGGGGGCCUUGGGUCACACACAGGAACCGAGACCUGGCUUCCGCCCCCCAGUCACCCACUUGAGUUACCUGCUGGAAGUUAUAGAUAGGACUGCGUGGCCAACCAAGUGUUUGUGAGAUCACUGACGCUGCAAAAACAAAGCAAACUGCUCCGGGUACCAGGACUUCCUCCAACCUGGCAGGGUGUGUGCUGAGGCGGGGUUUGCAGGUGAGGGGGGCUGUAUGCUUCAGGAACUAACUAAAUGCAUGCAGAGGAUAAGAGGCAUGAUGGGAGGUGUUCAAGCACAGCAAUCCCAUUUGGGGGUUAUUUUGAUACUGCGAUGAGUAAGGGGAAGGGUGCACGGAAUGGGGCUAAGGUGGGAGUGAACACUGGGGUGAAUAAAUUUUAAAUCAAUUCAA